AUGGCCACCAAACUCGCAAUGCAAAUGCUUACGUGCUUCCUUUUUGUCGCCGUCUUUCUGCGACUGGUGGACGCAGCCUCUGGCUCGGCCAGUGUUCCCCAGAUCGAGAUCAAAGUGAGUGCGGAAAGUCUCCGAGGUAUCCAAUCGCUGACCAUCAAACAGGGCUCGAAGUUCUUCUAUUCUAACAAUGGAACUCAAUUUUACAUUCGUGGAAUAGCCUAUCAGGAAGACUUUGAUGCUCGCGGAGCAAACACAACCGAGUCGUCCGAUGCCACCAAGUACCUCGAUCCUCUGGUCAAUCCCCAUCAGUGUGCCCGCGAUAUACCCUAUCUCCUUCAACUGCGGACCAAUGUCAUACGCACUUAUGCCAUCGAUCCGACCAAGAACCACGAUGCAUGCAUGAAGAUGCUUGCUGAUUCCGGGAUUUAUGUCAUCACCGAUCUGGCAUCUCCUGAUGUUUCCAUUACUGCCGACUCGCCUUCUUGGACAAUCGAUCAAUACGACCGGUACACCUCGGUCAUUGAUGCGUUUCAUAGAUAUGACAAUUUGAUUGGCUUCUUUGCUGGAAAUGAGGUUGUUAACCAUGCAAAUCAGUCUGCCGGUGCUGCCUUUGUAAAAGCUGCAGCGAGAGAUAUGAAGGCCUACAUCAAGUCGAAGGGGUACAGGACAUCCCUGGCCAUUGGAUACGCGACCACCGACCACGAACACGUCCGUCUGAAACUUUCUAGCUUUCUCAACUGUGGCGAUCAAUCAAACUCCAUCGACUUCUUUGGCUAUAACAUCUACGAGUUCUGCGGAGACAGUAGUUUCAAGGCAUCCGGUUACGAGAACCGGACACAAGAAUACAAAGACUACUCGAUCCCCAUCUUUUUCUCGGAAUAUGGUUGCAACACUGUCAAACCACGCAAGUUCAAAGAUGUUUCAGUGCUUUUCGGCUCCGAUAUGAACAGUGUCUGGAGUGGUGGCAUACUUUACAUGUACUUCGAGACGCCUAACGAUUACGGCCUGGUAUCCGCCUCAGAUCUGUCCGUGAAUACGCAAUCAGACUUCCGAUAUUACUCAAAUGAAAUUGGAAGUGUCAAUCCGACUGGCAUUAACAGUGGCAGUUAUUCUCCCACCAACUCACCUCAGGCCUGUCCCACUGUUGACGAUACCUGGCGGGCAAAAGGAAGCCCUCUUCCUCCUUCUCCAAACAAGGAGCUAUGCUCUUGCAUGGUGGAUACUCUGUCCUGUGUCGUCAAGAGCGACGUGAGCUCACAUGACUUUGGGCCACUGUUUGGUCAGAUUUGCGGAACUUCGAAAGGCGCCUGCGACGCCAUCUCUGACAACGCCACAUCCGGAGAAUACGGCGCAUACAGUGUGUGCUCUAGUCGUGAUCAACUCUCGUUUAUCUUUGAUCGCUACUUCCAUGCUCAUAAACAAGUCCUUGCUGCGUGCGACUUCAAUGGUGCGGCCACAAUCCAAAGUGCGAAAAGUGCGACGGGAAAUUGCAAGAAGUUGAUUGAACAGGCCGGUGCAGCUGGGACAGGAACCGUUACCAAUCAUCCCACUGCUGCUGUAAGCUCCACUUCGAAGGGGGCUGCUGUCAGCUAUGUGAGCCCAGCUACAGUCCAGGGGAGCCUCUCUUUUUGCAGUCACUCUUUGCGCCGCGGCUAUGAUCGCGGGUAUCUUGAUGGUGUCUCUUUAAUCAGCUUUCGCAAGAAGACUCCUAGUCGUGUAUUCGUAGUGAGUUGCGACACAUUUAUUUUAUUGCUGGAAGUCGCCGGGUUUUAUUUUGCUGAGUGUUGA